AUGGCCAUCAAAGAGGAUGUAGAGAGUGAUUUGAAUGAGGGCAUAACAGAUCCACUCAUGAGGGUAGAGAAGAACUUGGCUGAUGGAGGAAGCAGCAGAGGAGGGAAUCAAUGGAUGGUUUACCUCAGCACAUUUGUUGCAGUCUGUGGCUCUUACGAAUUUGGAUGCUGUAUCGGUUAUUCGUCGCCUACACAGUCUGCCAUCAGGGAAGAUCUCAGUCUUACAUUAGCAGAGUAUUCAGUGUUCGGCUCCAUUGUGACAUUUGGUGCAAUGAUAGGCGCUAUUACAAUUGGGCCCAUCACUGAUUUUCUUGGUCGAAAAGGGGCCUUGAGAGUGUCUUGUGCUUUCUGUGUUGCAGGUUGGCUUGCUAUUUACUUUUCCAAGGGGGCUUUGUCUUUGGACAUUGGGAGACUGGCAACUGGAUACGGAAUGGGAGCCUUUUCGUAUGUGGUACCUGUUUUCAUAGCUGAAAUUGCACCCAAAAAUCUUCGAGGAAGAUUAACUGCUAUAAAUCAGUUAAUGAUCAUUUCUGGAGUGUCCAUUUCCUUCAUAAUUGGGGUACUAGUAAGCUGGAGGGCUUUAGCAUUAAUCGGACUAGUUCCCUGUGCAGUGACCAUUUUCGGUCUCUUUUUCAUUCCUGAGUCUCCAAGAUGGUUGGCGAAAACAGGACGCCAGAGAGAGUUUGAAAUGGCACUGCAGAAACUUCGUGGCAAAGAUGCUGACAUAUCUCAUGAAGCAGCAGAAAUACAGGAUUAUAUCCUAACUCUUGACCGGCUCCCUAAAGCCAAAUUGCUGGAUUUGUUUCAAAGGAGAUACUUGCGCUCGGUCAUGAUUGCAGUUGGGUUGAUGGUCUUUCAACAAUUGGGGGGAAUCAAUGGGGUCUGUUUCUAUGUCAGCAAUAUCUUUGAACAAGCAGGAUUUUCUUCCAGCGUUGGAACUAUAACUUACGCUAUUCUUCAGGUUGUGGUUACUGCCGUUGCUGCAUCCGUAAUGGAUAAAGCAGGACGAAAGCCUCUAAUUUUGGUGUCUGCGUCAGGGUUGGUACUUGGCUCUCUCCUGACUGCAAUUUCAUUCUUUCUGAAGGUUCAUGAAUUGGCACUCACUGCAACUCCCAUACUUGCUGUAACUGGCAUACUGAUAUAUAUAGGAUCCUUCUCAAUAGGAAUGGGAGCAGUUCCUUGGAUUGUGAUGUCUGAGAUAUUCCCUAUAAAUAUUAAGGGGCAGGCUGGAAGCUUUUCAACUUUAGUGAACUGGCUGGGUGCAUGGUUGUGUUCCUACACCUUCAACUUUCUUAUGAGUUGGAGCUCCUAUGGUACCUUCAUUCUGUAUGCAGCCAUCAAUGCUCUGGCUAUAUUGUUCGUGAUCUUGAUGGCAGGCAUGGCCAUCAAAGAGGAUGUAGAGAGUGAUCUGCAGGAGGGCAUAAGAGCGCCACUGAUGAGGGUAGAGAAUAACUUGGCUGAUGGAAAUGGAUCAGCUGAUGGAGGAAGCAGCGGAGGAGGGAAUCCAUGGAUGGUUUACCUCAGCACAUUUGUUGCAGUUUGUGGCUCUUAUGAAUUUGGAUGCUGUGCCGGUUAUUCGUCGCCUACUCAGUCUGCCAUCAGGGAAGAUCUCAGUUUAUCAUUAGCAGAGUAUUCAGUGUUUGGCUCCAUUUUGACGUUUGGUGCAAUGAUAGGUGCUAUCACAAUUGGUCCCAUCACUGAUCUUCUUGGUCGAAAAGGGGCAUUGAGAGUGUCGAGUGCUUUCUGUGUUGCAGGUUGGCUUGCUAUUUACUUUUCCAAGGAGGCUUGGUCUCUGGACAUUGGCAGACUGGCAAACGGAUACGGAAUGGGAGCCUUUUCAUACGUGGUGCCUGUUUUCAUAGCUGAAAUUGCUCCAAAAAAUCUUCGAGGAAGACUAACUGCUAUAAAUCAGUUAAUGAUCUGCUGUGGAGUGUCUGUUUCCUUCAUUCUUGGGGUACUAGUUAGUUGGAGGGCUUUAGCAUUAAUUGGACUUAUUCCCUGUGCUGUGAACAUUUUCGGUCUCUUUUUCAUUCCUGAGUCUCCAAGAUGGCUGGCAAAGAAAGGACGCCAUAAAGAGUUCAAAGUUGCACUGCAGAAACUUCGUGGGAAAGAUGCUGACAUAUCUCAUGAAGCAGAAGAAAUCCAGGAUUAUAUAGAAACUCUUGAUCGGCUUCCUAAAGCCAAAUUGCUGGAUUUGUUUCAAAGGAGAUACUCACGCUCAGUCAUUAUUGGAGUUGGGCUGAUGGUCUGUCAACAAUUUGGAGGAAUCAACGGCGUCUGUUUCUAUGUCAGCGAUAUUUUUGAUCAAGCAGGAUUUUCUUCCAGCAUUGGAACUAUAACCUAUGCUAUUCUUCAGGUUGUGGUUACUGGCAUUGGGGCAGCAGUAAUGGAUAAAGCCGGAAGAAAGCCUCUAAUUUUGGUUUCUGCAUCAGGGGUGGUACUUGGCUGUCUUUUGACUGCAGUUUCAUUCUUUCUGAAGGUUCAUGAACUGGCACUCACAGCAACUCCCAUACUUGCUGUAACCGGCAUACUGGUCUAUAUAGGAUCCUUUUCAAUUGGAAUGGGAGCAGUGCCUUGGGUUGUGAUGUCUGAGAUAUUCCCUAUAAAUAUUAAAGGGCAGGCUGGAAGCUUAGCAACGUUAGUGAACUGGUUUGGUGCAUGGUUGUGUUCCUACACUUUCAACUAUCUUAUGAGUUGGAGCUCCUAUGGUACCUUCAUUCUGUAUGCAGCAAUCAAUGCUCUGGCUAUAUUGUUUGUGAUUUUGAUGGUACCUGAAACAAAGGGGAGAACCCUGGAACAAAUCCAAGGAGCCAUUAACAAAUAG